UUGUAAAUGAUUCCUAUAAACUAACAAAUAUAUGUAUAAAAUUGAUGCUAUUACUGUUCAAGAGUAAUACUGGAAGGUUAUUUGGGAUGUGCUAGAUUAUAAAUCUAGGUGUAUCGAAAGGGACUGAUAAUGCCCAGGUGUUGCUAAGAUUGUCUUCAUUGAGGUACUUAUCCCUUAUUAAAUAAGUCAAAGAGAUUCCAAAGAAGAAUGAAUAAAAUAUUAUUGUUUGCAAGGAUGCCUUCAGAGGUGCAGACCUCAUCUAGUCAUGUUUAAGCAGCCGCAAUGUCGUUCACAAGGCAUAUAUUAGCCUCCCCUUCCUGACUAUUGUUUAUGCACCAGAAUAUAAGGCAUACAAUAGGAGACUAAAAGCUUUUGGGAAAGUUUAUCUAACAGAAAAAUAGUCCAUCUUAAGCAGUAGUGUUAUAACUACUAGUUUCUUACCUCAUGUCCUAAAUUUACACAUGACGCCUGAUCUUCCAUUCCUUCUUCCCGGUUGUUAAAGUUAGGUCCAUCAAGCCGCCCAUUCUAUUUUUCUCUGGCCUGACAAAUUCCUGCACCGCAUUAGAUAAUUGCCAGUUAUAGAGUUUGCCAUCUUUGCACAAGCACAAAACCACAAACAAAGGUAUAAAUAGUAGACUGUGGAAAGUUGAUUAGUUCCUGCACUGUAUUAGAGAGACAGCUUCGCGAGUUUGUCUUCACCUAGGCAACUUCGACCUUAAAACCAUUCACUACAUCCACGUAGGUACAAGAGCAGUGUAACCUGUUCCAAGCUACCCUUGUGGAUCAUGGAUGAGAGAAGUGAUAUGGACAAGUCAGAAGAGGUACUUCUGCCUGGUUUCCGAUUUCAUCCCACAGAUGAAGAGCUUGUGGGUUUUUAUCUCAGGAGAAAGAUUCAGCAGAAACCCCUUUCAAUUGAGCUCAUCCGGCAGCUGGACAUCUACAAGUACGACCCAUGGGAUCUCCCAAAACUUGCAACUUCUGGGGAGAAAGAAUGGUAUUUCUACUGCCCAAGGGACCGGAAGUAUCGUAAUAGUGCUAGACCAAACAGAGUCACAGGAGCUGGAUUCUGGAAAGCAACAGGAACAGAUAGGCCAAUUUACUCCUCCCAGGGAACCAAGUGUAUAGGCCUGAAGAAGUCUCUUGUCUUUUAUAAAGGAAGAGCAGCAAAAGGGAUCAAAACUGAUUGGAUGAUGCAUGAGUUCAGGCUUCCUUCAUUAACUGAUCCAACACUUCCUAAAGUACCAAUAGACAAAAACAUUCCAGCCAAUGAUGCCUGGGCUAUUUGUAGAAUAUUUAAAAAGCCUAGUUCAAUGGCACAAAGAGCACUAUCUCACUCCUGGGGUCCUCAGUCAAUUGCAACGACAGAGCCAGAUCUGUUAUCUGCCUUGCAGUCCAUACAGGCUUCGCAUUUUGCUUUGGAAAGCUCCUCUUGCUCGGCAGAAGUUGCAGUACCUGUGAAUCGGUUUAAUAGCCAACAUUACUUUCAAGGACGGCAGCAGCAGAAGCUCAACAGUUCACAGAAUGGUUCUUCAUAUAAAGUCAUAAACUUCAACCGCGGUCCGCCCUUAACUCAUCUAUCAGAAAAAGGCAUCCAUAGCAAUCCGAUCAUCUUGCCAUUUGAAACACAGACCCUGCAGAGGUCAUCAGAUGCCGUGCUUCUCAGCAUAGCCCCUGGAAUAGUCAAUAGCAUGAAUGAAGCCUCACCAGAUACUGAGUUCGAACAGCUUGAACAGUGCGAUGGGUAUGCAGUUGAUUGGGAUAUAGACACAAUUGGAGGUACUGGAAACAGGGAUGAAGAUCCAUAUACAAGAAAACCUGAUAAUGGAUACGUUACAGGUAACGAGUGUGGAGUUCCACGAAAAAUAAAAUUCCCAUUUGAUCUGGGGCUAGAUUCUUCAGAUGAUUGGACAUGCAACGUGCCCUGUGAAUCUCUCACUUAUCCCCCAACCUCCCCAGAGAUGCCCAGUAGCUGCUCUACAGAAAGAUACACUAUACAUAGUUACGAUAUGUAG